GGUCGGCGGGUGCCAAACUCCUGCCUUUGCUAAGUGUUACAAACAUGGGGCCGGGGGAGGAGACAGGCGGCGAAACAGAUGGAGGAAGAGGAGGAGCCGCCGGCUCCCCUCGGUGUCGCUCCCCCCGCGGGGAGGGCAGCGGGCAGGACGGCCCCGGGCUCCCCUCGGGGACCGCGGCCCCCCGAGCAUCACCGACCUGUCCGGGCGGAGGGCGCUCCGCGGGCAGCGCUCGGCCGCAUCUCACUCUCGCCGAUGCAGUUUUUUUAAGCCUUCACGAAGUGUCUAUUCCGAGAGCUGAGGAGCUAGAAAGCUAAAGGGGAGAAAUGUCGGCUGUAAGCUGUGAAAAAUGAGGCGGGUGGAAAUGCGAGUAACUCCUAACAAAGGCUCUUUUCUGUUCUCGUGUCGUGAGUGCUGACAGAGGUGGAGUCAGUGAAAGGGAAACUCAAGAUCAAAUGAGAUUCAGUCGGUGCCAACUUGAAGAUAGUAAGAAUGUGAACCCAGCAGAAUAAAUAAAGUUAAGACCUUCGUAGUGGUAAAACUGGACAGAGCACUCAUAAGUCUCUGUGUCCAUGCACACUUCCUUUGAACAAAACAGGGCUGUGGAAAACCUUUGCUUGAAGAUGGUAUCUGAAGAAAAUACCCAGCAAACUGUGAAAUUGUCUUCCUCUCUCCUCCCCCCAGCUGCUUUGUAAAAUUACUUCCAAAGCAAACCUACAGAAAUAAAAAGUGUGUUUGUGCCUUCUAAAACUAACCUGAUCUUGCAGUCUUGAUAAGUUUUAAAUUAAGAAGUAACCAGUUAAGGACAAGAUGUCUUUAAGCAUCUACAGUUACAUUUUGAUUUUCUUUUUACUAAAAAGAACAAUCCUCACCUGUCUAAAUAGCAGAAAUGUGCGAAUUUAUUUCUUCAUUGUUAAAUUAGCUAGAAUCUUGGGGUCUUCCAAAGAGUUUAUCCUUAAAAAACCCUACAGUAUGGUACUGAUUGACAGAAAGCAAAUAGUGUGAUGAAGCCCACUGUGAUGGUGUCCAACCUAAUAUACAUGUAAAUGUGAGUGGUCUUUAAUGCAACUGAGUAAAUCAGGUUGUAACCUCAGGCUGACUCUUUAAUAGAACAGUUGGGAUAUUAAUAUAUGUAUUAAAACAACAGCCUAAUAUGUAAUAAUUAAUAAGCAUUAAAAAAAAACACAAGAUGGUAUUCUUUAUCCAAGAUAGUGAGUUACAAAGAGAUCUUGCAAGGCUGAAGAGCUUUUUAAAAUAUUUUUCUGUGACCAUUAUCUAAUUUAAACUUAAAGUUCUAAAUAAACUUGGUCAUUAGUUAUUAAUGAGAACUUCUGUGCUAUCUACAAAAAUGUAAGGAAAAUCAGUUCUUCCAGUGUAUGCUAUAAAGCAAAGACUAAGUGACGCAGUUGUCUAUUGUAACUAAUUAGAAAUGUCAUUUUUGGUUUGUGCUUACCUUUCAUUUGCUCAAUGACUGUAUUUUUGAUUAAGUGUCUUAGAUGGCCCCUGCAGGUUCUGCUUGUAUAUUCAUGUACAUUUAGUUUGAUGUGUUUAUCUUUUGAACUUAGAAUUUAGCAAUAAUGUUCUGAAUCUGCAGAGUACACCCAUUCUUACUUCCCAUUGUGCUUGAAGCAUUCUACUAGGAAAUGUAUUUAGUGUGGUAAAAGAUUGCAGUGGUUUUUUGUGUGUCACCUCCUGUUGCAGUGUUGAAACUACUUACUUAAAUUAAGCCUUCUGAAGCACUCUACGGACAUCUCUGCUGUCUGUAUGUGUGCAUAUAUUGUGGGAGCAGGUAUGGUCUUGAUACAUCAAAAUGCCAUGUGCGUCUUUGAAAUGCAGCUGAUUAUUUGCACUGAUCAUUUGCUGGGAUUAGUGCUUAAGGACUUAAUUUGUACAGACUUCUAAUUCUACCUUAACCACUUGAUCUUCUUGGAAAUCGAGAUGGGGUGGAAAAUGGCAGUGCUGACUUGCCUUCAUGGCUGGUUUUAGUACUUCUCUCAGAAGAACCUUGCAAAGCUGAAUAUUUAUUAACAUUGUCAUACCUAGAGAAGCAGUAGACACGCCGUGAAUUGCUCACACUCGGCAAGUGAUUUGCAAGACUUUGGGCCACUACACUGCAAAAUUUUGAUGGACCACGUCCUGCAACAUUAAUCUUUUGGAGGUCUUGUUUACUGUGUAAACAAGGUAAAGGGAAUCAGAAUGCCUCUCAAUGAGGAGCAGAACAGUGACUCAGAUUCUUCACGGCUCUCGGAAAGCACAGCUUCUUCCAGCGACUCGGAAUAUUCCAGGCAGAGCUUUAACAGUGAUUCUUCAAGCAAACCCAGCUCCCCAGCGUCAGCAAGUCCUCCCAAGGUUAUCACAUUUGAUGAACUGAUGGCAGCUACAAGAAAUCUGUCAAACUGGACUCUAGCUCAUGAAAUUGCUGUAAACGCAAAUUUUUGCAUAAAACAUGAAGACUACCCACAAAACAGCUUUGCAGGCACAGUGAAACAAAUUGUACACAAGGCAUUUUGGGAUCAUUUGGAAUCGGAACUGAAUGAAGAUCCUCCAGAAUACGAACAUGCUAUCAAGCUCUUUGAGGAAAUUAAAGAGAUUCUUCUUUCAUUCCUGACUCCUGGAGCAAACAGGAUGCACAAUCAAAUUUGUGAAGUUCUAGAUACGGAUCUUAUAAGACAACAGGCAGAACACAAUGCUGUUGAUAUUCCUGGGCUAGCUAACUAUAUCAUCAACACUAUGGGAAAGUUAUGUGCUCCAGUAAGAGACAACGACAUAAAACAGUUAAAAGCAACUGACAAUAUUGUAGAGUUACUGAGACAAAUAUUCCAUGUUUUGGACCUGAUGAAAGUGGAUAUGGCAAAUUACACAAUUAAAAGCCUUAGACCGUACCUCUGGCAUAACUUGGUGGACUAUGAAAGAACAAAAUUCCAGGAAAUUCUUGAAGAAACACCAAGUGCCCUGAAUCUCACAACAGAAUGGAUAAAGGAAUCAAUAGAAGAUGAAUUGUCAUCUAUUUCUGACGAGUCUUCAUCAUCCCCUGGUGCUGAUAGUAAUUCAAAACCAAUUAUUAGUCCUACACUGGUGCUAAACAAUGGCUACUUGAAACUGUUACAGUGGGAUUAUUGCAAAACAAUUCCAGAGACUCUAAUAACAGAUGAAGUUCGCCUUCAGGAACUGAGAGAAAAGCUCAAUCAAUUAAAAGUCAUAGCUUGUGUUUCUCUCAUAACAAAUAACAUGGUGGGUGCAGCAAUUGUAGAUGUGCCUGAUUUUGCUGACCAGCUGAAAAGGAUCUCUUUUCCUCUUCUUGAAGGCAUGAAUAAGAAAAGUUUUGACUUGAAGGAGGCUCUGAAUGCUAUUGGUGUCCAGAUUUGCAGCAUAGUGAACAAGUCUCUAAGUGAAAGAGGUCUUCCCACUCUUAGUGAAGAAAUGCAGAGUAAUUUAAUGGGUCAAAUUGCUCAUGUUGUUGAGAAGAAUAAUCCUGUCUGUUCCUUGAUUGACAAACGAAUCCAGCUCUUCAUGAGAAGCUUGCUUGCUCUUCCAAGUUUUCAGAAGUGUAUGCCUACUAUGCCAGGAGGCCUUUCUGUGAUUCAGACAGAGAUAGAGUUCCUGGGAUCUCAGUAUGCAAGCAUUGUAAACUUCAAUAAAAAAGUGUAUGGACCAUUCUAUGCAAACAUACUUAGAAAACUGCUUUUUCCUGAGGCAGCAAUGGAGAAAACAGAAGCAGAAACAUCUAGCAAUUAAAAAAUGUACCCUUUUUUUAAUCUUCCAAGAUAGUGGGGAAGUCACAUCUCUAAGAACAGCCUACUCCAGUGACUGUUGAUGAGGAAAGGUCUUGUAAAAUGUAUACAGAUAGUUUCUGAAAUUCACUGUAAAGAAAUUAAUGUCAAGGUCAUAUAUAUAUAUUUUAAUAGAAAAAUAUUUGUUUAAUGGAUUGUCAUUUAUAAUAGCCAGUGAAUUAUUAAUUUCCAUAGCAAGCAUUUAUUAUGACUUGCAGUAGGAAAGAUCUGGCAAUGUACUUGAUGUUUUGCCACCAUCAAAACAAUGUUAUUUUUCAACUCAAAUAUAUUUACAUAUAGCAAUGCAUAUUAGGAAAUGACAAAACAACUGUAGAUAAAAUGUACUAUGCUUACAUUGUAUUUUUGUAGAGUAACAUCUCAGACAGCAAUUACGUUUCUGAGAAUACUUUGAAGAAGACAGUAUAGCAUAACUGCUUUAGUAACCAAACCUAGGUUCAUACUAGGCCAAGUUGAGGUCCUCGUGCAAUUACUGGACCCAGAAUUUUGCCUCUGUUACAUUAAGGAAAGCCAGUGUUACAAUCUGUUUGCAGGAUUGCAGUUACAGAAGCAGCAUUCACCACUUCAAGUAGGAAUCAUUCGGAACUUCUCAACUCUUAUAUUAACGAUAAACACCUGAGAAACAUGAUGGUGGGGGUGGAGUAAAUUUCUGUAUAUGAAGUGUUUAUAAGCAUCUUGUUUAAUCAGUGGAGGUCAUACAGAUCUAUAAUAUGUGUAUGUAUUGAUCUUUCAUCUUAACAGAUGGGUGUUAAGUAUUUUUAAGUUAGGUCUUCCUAACCUUUAUCCCCAAAAGCACUUAACCCUGACCUUACAGUGUACCACAGAAGAGCUGCCCCUUUCAUGCCCUUGUCUAAUAGAAUGUAAAAUUUUCACAAGAUAUUCUUAGGCCUGAAAGCAAGAACUUGAGUAAUGAGUAAUUUCUGAAAAUAUUAUUAGAUUCACUUUUUUUAUGGAGUGUGUGAGAAAUGCUCCUGUUUUCCUCCAAUUUCUUUGGACUGGGCCCCAAUACUUAGUGCCUACUUAAGGCAUUGGGAAUCUUGCAUACAGAAAAUGAAUAGAAUUGAAAUGGAGAAACGUGGAAGUGAAAUUCUUUAAGUUUACAUAGACUUUAUCUUGCAUAUUUCAGAUUACUGGGAUUAUUAGAUAGUGCUGGAAUACAUAUUAUAGACAUGUUCUUGUCUAUGAAAUUGAAUAAUUUACUUGAAAAUUAUAUUUUACUAUAUUACCAUAUAAUACUCAUUUUAAGAUGUCAUAUAUAGAAAACCUCAGUGUGGUACAAGUUAGAGCUUGUUUUUAAUGUUUUAUAUUGCAAUCUAUUUUUAUGAAGAGACAAAAAUAACCUGUAAAAGCGUAAUGUGUCACACAAAUUGUUUAUGUACAUUACAGUUUCUAUUAUAAAGGUCUAAAAAAACCUGGGCAUUAUUAGCACUGUGGUUUUGUAGUCCAUUUCUACAAGAAUGUGUACCCUUUAUAGCAAAGGAAAUUACUUCUAUUCAGUUGUUCUUCAGUGUCCAAGGACUUUGUUCACAAGUAAAUGUUAAGGAAAACUUUCUUCAAAAUGCCUUUUUAGAGAAAGUUCUCUAGUGCACUUCUGUUCUAUCACUUGUGAACACAUUGCACAAAAUAAAGAUGAAUACAUAUUUUAAAGGGAAUUGUUUCCUGGAAAACCUAGAAAAAAGGAACUCUUAGACUAUCAUAACUGUGCCACUAGGUAAGCCAGGCUUGCUCAGAUGAAUAUGAAAUUUUGGUAGGCAAUUCAAAAUAAUUAAGAGAAGAAUGCAUUUCAAAAGCAGGUAGAAGGAAUGAAGCUUAGUGAUUUGCUACAAUAUUAGAAGUUACCUACGUGAUUUUGAACUUCGGCCAAAGGAGGAUUUUAUGAACAUUUGAAGGUGUUAAUAUGAUUAUGAACUUUUAAUUAUAAUAUUUUAUAUCCAUUCUAUUGUACAAAUAAACACAAACUUUAGCUCUUUAAUGAGCUGGGAAAACUGUCAUAAUAGUUUUUACUAGUAAAUACUCAAAACAUAGCAUUUUUUGGAGGGGUUUGGUGAUUAAAGUGACUUGCAAAGGGCAUUUUAUAGCAUGGCCUGUGUUUCAAGUGAUUGUUUCAUGUGUUUUAAUUUAAUGUUUCCAACGGGGACAUCGCAUCUGUUUAAUGUCAUGUGUUGCAUGCUGUUUAUGCUACUGUGGCUGAAAUGCACUUGCCUCUACUCAGAAGUUGUCCUUGUGAAACAAGAUGCUAUUCUGUAGCAGCUUUAUUAAAAAACAAGUUUUGAGGAUAUGUAUGCAUUAAAUUUUGUUUGUGAUACUAGCAGUGGUGAAAAGUCAUUUAUACAAACGUUAUUAAAUGCAACAAAUUGUUGAAUGCCAAAGAUAAAUGACUUCACUAUUA